AUGCAUUUAUUAUUUUUAAGUGUACAAUCCGAUUAUAUUGAUCGAUUCCUUAUUAAUAAACUCAUUUACUUUCAUUGCGGGAAAAAUGUGUACGGCGCCCUGAAUGAGAGCGGCCUAGCCCAAAACUUCAAGAAGAAAGCUCAGCGCUUAUUAGGUGACAUGUUAGGAAGGGAACUAAAACGGGGGAUGCCAGUGCCUCAAGAUGAGGGGUUCAAGAUCACUCACGUGAAGAAGAAGGCAAACACUAAUGAUCCAGACCAGUGGUGUGAGGAACGGGCUGAGCGGACCUACAAUCAAUAUCAACAUUCAAAGGCGGAGUUUCUUCGUACUCAGCCACCCAACACACAGCUGACAGAAGAAAGGGAGGAAAGGUGGCUUGAGAGUGUUGGUGGUCCCACUAGGUUUGGCACAGCUUACGGAAUGCCACAUCGUGCAUUUCGUCAAUACCGGUCACCCCUGGAAGGCCUACAUUCUUCCAAUACCGAGUUGUUUGAUAGAGUGAGGGCUAUGGCCAUGGAGCAAAAGAUUGCCGAGCUAUCUAGCCAACUAUAGGCCUCAGAGGAAAGGGAGAGGCGAAGGGAUAUGCAGUUUGACGGUAUGAGGGCCCAAUUAGACGCAUUACUUGCUUCGAGGGGGAUUCCCUCAUGUGCUGAUGAUGCUCGUAACCCCCAUACUCAAUCUAGUGGUGCGGAUGAUGAUGGGACUCACGUGUCAAACACACAAAGGCGUGUUUGAAUGUUAAUGUUGUGGUGGAUUUGUGGAUUGUGUAAGUGUUUUGUGGAUGUUUGCGAGGGGUGAAGUAGUCUAGUGUUGUAGACUAACUUAGUGUAGAUUAGUUUAAGGUUUUGUGGAUGUUUGCAAACGUUGAAGUAGUUUAAUAUCUCUUUUGAAUGUUUGAAUGACGUUUUGAUUCAACUUUGAAGUAGUUUCGAAUUGAAUUUGAUGUAUUAGUGGUUGUAGUAUAUGUGUUUGUUGAAGUAGCUUAAUGUUUUAU